CAUUAAUCAAAGAAGUUUCAUCUUGCUUUUUAUUUCAUCUUUGUUGUGGACCGGCAUUUUCCCACAACACCCUGCUCCUGCUCGUACAGAUGACGAAAAUGGCGGACAACGCAUCAUCGGUCGAUAUUUUUGAGGGCUGCCGCCUCCCCGUUCUUCGUAAAAACCAAGAACAUGAGGACGAAUGGCCGUUGGCUGAAAUUCUAAGUGUGAAGGAAGUCUCUUCGAGAAAGCUUUACUAUGUUCACUAUAUUGACUUCAACAAGCGCCUGGAUGAGUGGGUCACAGGGGACCGGCUGGACAUGAAGAAGCUUCAGUUCCCUAAGAAAGAAGCAAAAACGCCAACCAAGAACGGUCUUCCAGGCUCCCGUCCCAGUUCUCCGGAGAGAGAAGGGAGGAAGAGUCUAGAUCUCAACGCACAGUCUGCCACAGCUCCUUCCAGAGGCAAAACCCUCCCUACACCGCUAUCGGGUCAUUCUGAACUGCUUGGGAAUCCAGAAAUAAACAACCAUGACAUAAAAAAGGAAGAAGCUGAUCCGGUCGUGCAGAUCACAACUGGAAGUGCUUUAACAAACAGUGUCUCCAAAUGUUUGUCAGGUGUAUGCUCUGGACUUGUCAAGCCACACUUCAACUUCAACAAAUCUUUCAAGAAGAGGAAAGUGGAGACCGUUCCCUUGACGACUCAGGUACCCCCGGCCACCUCGGUGUCCUCCCUGCCAAGUUCAGCUGAAGCCUCUCAGGCAGCUGGGUUUCCUGCCGUGAGGGAGACCAACACCUUUAAGUCUCGCGAAGACCAUGAACAGAUCUCUUCGCUCACAACGAACGGCACUGCCCGACGACUCAUCCCCUCGCAGCCCGGGAGGAAGAGAAAAGCUAAUUGUGGGGGAACUGACGAGAUGAUAAAGGUAUUGCAGUACAACAACCCUCAGAGUGCCAGUGUCUUUCUACCACCACCAGAGGAUUCCCAAGACAGUUCGGACGGCAUCCCGACUGCACCCCGCAUGACAGGCAGUCUGGUGUCCGACCGCAGCCAUGACGACAUCGUCACCCGGAUGAAAAACAUCGAGUGUAUAGAGUUGGGACGUCACAGACUGAAGCCCUGGUACUUCUCCCCGUACCCACAGGAACUCACCACGCUGCCCAUCCUCUACCUCUGUGAAUUCUGUCUCAAGUACCUCAAAAGCCUCAAGUGUCUCCAGAGGCAUUUGACAAAAUGUCAUCUAAGACAUCCCCCAGGCAACGAGAUCUACCGCAAAGGCACCAUCUCAUUUUUUGAGAUUGACGGCAGGAAAAACAAAAAUUAUUCCCAGAACCUGUGUUUACUUGCUAAGUGUUUCCUGGACCACAAAACCUUGUAUUACGACACGGACCCUUUCCUCUUCUAUGUAAUGACGGAGUAUGACUCCAAAGGCUUCCACAUAGUGGGCUACUUCUCUAAGGAAAAAGAGUCGACUGAAGAUUAUAACGUUGCCUGCAUUCUGACCUUACCUCCCUACCAGCGGAGAGGCUAUGGCAAACUGCUCAUCGAGUUCAGUUACGAGCUCUCCAAGGUAGAAGGGAAGACGGGAACUCCUGAGAAGCCACUCUCUGACCUCGGCCUGUUGUCGUAUCGCUCCUACUGGUCCCAGACCAUCUUGGAAAUUCUCAUGGACCUUAAACCUGACAAUGGAGAAAGGCCGCAGAUUACCAUCAAUGAGAUCAGUGAGAUCACAAGUGUAAAAAAAGAAGACGUCAUUUCAACGCUUCAGUACCUCAACCUCAUCAACUAUUACAAGGGCCAGUACAUCCUGACUCUUUCAGAGGACAUUGUGGAUGGGCAUGAAAGAGCGAUGCAGAAGAGACAUUUGCGCAUAGAUUCAAAAUGCCUUCACUUCACACCUAAGGACUGGAGCAAGAGGGGCAAGUGGUAGAGUCCCGGUCUGGUCCGCUGACUACCUUCCCAAACCGCCAGAUAACAGACUUGAAGCAAAUUGUGGAUCAAAUGAAGGUUUUUGUCGCGGCUUCUCGCCGAGAACCUCAAAACCUUUUUGAACCAAGGACCCCUCUUCAGAGAAACAAAUCAUCACUUGGGAUGCAAACGUUUUUAUUGUGAAUAUUCAUUGUAUAUUGUGAAUUUAAAAAGCUCUCAAACUUGGGGACUUAAGAGAGACUGGUUAACAGUGACACCGCCAACCUUUUACAACACACCUUCUGCUGCGUGAAAAAUCCUGUUUAUGACCAACAGUGCGUUAAAAGUGACAUAUGGUGUCUGUUUCAUAGUGUAAAUUAAAGCCUACAAUUUCAAACACACACACACACACACACACACACACACACACACACCACCUAAUGGAAGCAAGAUGGUUUUAUUAUGGAUAAUAAUUUAAAUUCUGCAGGGAAUUGCCUCAUCUGUCCACAUUAUGUAAAAACCACUAAGAGGAUUUCUUUCCCUAAACUCAACCAGGAAGAGGUUUUCUUCGGCCAACACAAACAUAAGCGUGUGAUUUCUGUCCACGUCCUUUGUAUCUGCCACACAAAGAGGUUAAAAUAUAGUCGUCAAAAUGAUUAAUGUACCCCCAAAUAAGUUGAAUUCCUUGUAUGACAUCACUCUAAUUUGUCAUACAACUCGUAUUUAAGAAGCCUUCGUUGAUGACAAAAGUACAAGACUUGUAGCACUCCUCAACAACAGGACAACUAAUGUCCCAACAGCACUCCAAAAUGUUGUCACUUUCUACUUUGAUUUGAGUUCUUUGUACAAAGUGUGCGGGCUUCAAAACAUCUCAAACACUUCUUCCCUGAAUUGCUUUGAAACGAAUAUCUGCUGAUUAACAGACUAUAGUCACAGGGACUCGAUAGGAAGUGUUUUGGAUAUUGUAAACGGGGAGAAUCAGAUUUGUUUUGGGGAGUACAAAUUAAUAUUCUCAUCUCAAUGCACAGAUACUCAUUUCCAAUUUAUUGUGAUUCUCCUCCAGUGCCUGAAUUGUAAUGUCUCUCAACAAGCAGAGAUGUUCUAAUAUGGCUCACUAUAUUCAAAUAAACCGCUUGGAUACAGACAAUGAAAUUCAAAACUAAACAUCAAGAUCUACAUUUAUGUUUUUUAAGAACCGACGUGGUCAAAUCAGGUUUGUUAUCUUUUACGGUAGUAGCUCUGCUUUAAUUUCCCUAUGUUUUAAGUCGUUGGAAGUAUUUAUGCUCUUUUGCUUGUGAGCAUUUGGGUGGAUCUUCCUUUUUUAUUUUUUUCUCCAGAUAAUCCCUUCAUGAUCAUCUGUACAGUGUGCAAUGAGACAAAUCAUUUCCCCAAGUUAAACAUAUGUUCCCCAUAACUGUACAUACUGAACCUGAUUGUAUACAAAAAAAGAAAAGCUUAGAAGACAGAAGCCAUGUUGAACUGUUAGAGGAAUGUAAAUUUUGUGUACAGUUGUCUUUAGUGUCUUUUUUUACUUAAUGUAAACUAACUGGCUGCACAAUAUCAACAGGAAAAGACAUAAAAGUGUUAUCUUACUUUCAGUUUGUGUUUUAUGUUUACAUGUCACAAAGGAUGUUUAAUUUACCCAGUUGAAAUGAUUUAGUAUAUAUUUAAGUGAAACACAGUUGAGAGUAUGAUUUGAACGUUUGAUAUGAAAAGCUUGUUGAAUUGAUAAAAAAAAAAAACAUCUUAAAAACUA